CAAACAAGCAGUCAGUCAGUCAGUCAGUCAGUUAGUCGUUGUAUAACAUCCGUACGUAAUUUAUAGUUAAACGGAUCAAAGAACGGAGCUGAAAAUGUUGAUUGGAUUUAAAGAACUGGUCCUGAUUUCGCUGGCCUUCGGUCAAACGAUUUCACGAAGCACGGAUUACUGCUACGCUGAAAAUGAUCAGCCCUAUUUGAAAUUCGGAACAAAAACUGCUUACACCUUUAUUCACGGUGCUAAAAGACCCGCCCAAAAUAUACCGGGUUGUAAACCGAUGCAAGUAUGGAUGCUGAUGAGGCCAGGAACCUCGUAUCCGGAAGCAGAGACGAUAUCGAAAUUGAAAGCUCUGCCUAAACUCCGGGAUCAAAUAACAUACAACCACGACACUUUGGGGUAUGGCCACUUGUGCGAUCUCGAUUUAGAGAACCUUAGAAUUUGGCGCAUCGACUCAGCAAUGACGAUGGAAAAGGCUGAGAAUCUCGUUCCUCAGGGAACGGAGGACGUAAUGUUGCUGGCUAGGAGACUGAAAACGCACUUGCCUGAACUAUUUCCCCCGACUGUCAGUGACGUUAGCGAGAGAAAUUACAAGUUCCGUUCAACGGGUGGAGAAAAGACGUCCAGCAGCCUGACGGCGUUCAUGACGGGUCUCUUCGAUCAAUGGCAAAUGCCGCCGACGGAGUCGCCGAUGAACGACACGCAGUUCGCGUCUCACCUGACUUGUCCGGAGUGGAGGGAGGAGGUUUCCAACAAUCCCGAAGCCAUGAUCGAGGUGACCAAAUUCAAGUCCAGCCCCGAGUACCAGAAUCUUCUGACAAACGUCAGCCGUCGACUUGGCUUCCGGAACAAUAUUACCGAAGCUUCGCUGAAUGCGAUGUACGACAUGUGCCGCUACGAGAAAGCUUGGACCCUGGACUCGAUCUCGGCAUGGUGCGCGGUCUUCAGUUUGGAGGAGCUCAAGGUCCUCGAAUACAGGGACGACUUGACCGAGUACUACAAGUACGGCUAUGGCAACAAGGUGAAUCUGCAUAUGGGCUGCUCGCCGCUUCAGGAUAUGUUCAGGCACUUCAAGAAACUAGAGAGCGGCGAUAACGCGAGCGAACCCAAAGGCUUGUUCAGCGUCGCGGAAUUGGGAACAUUGGAGCUUUUUAUUGCGGCGAUGAGAUUCGCGGAGGAUUCGACGCCUCUGCUGGCGAGCAAUUAUCAAUCGAUGAGUAAACGUCUGUGGAGAACGUCGGAAAUCGGAUCUUUCGCGGCGAACAUACAGGCCGUAUUUUACAGAUGCGACGAUACCCAGGAUCCUAACAAAGUGAUAUUCUACAUGGGCGAAAAGCCGGUUCCUUACACGGGGUGCAAGGUCGGCCUAUGUGAUUGGGACGACUUGAAAAACAGAUUUGACAAAACUUUGUCCGACUGCGAGUCCAACUUUUGCUAUGCAAGCGGCGCGUUCUCGUCGCUAAUUGCAGUGCCCACUGUGUUACUAUGGCUCGGACUUCCGGCGUUGGCUUAUUCCAGUCAUUAAAUUGAAGGCUGAAGGAAUGAAGAUUUUUUUAUUUAAUCAUUAAUACGUUUUACUUUACCUAUAAGGUUAAAUUUAUAUCGCUUUUUAAACCGCAAGUGUGAAUAGAUCUUGCAGGCUUGAUAUUUUAGCACGUAAGUCAUCGACUAAUUUUCCGUCCCAGUAUCCGUCCACUUUUAAACGAAAAACUUGUUUUUGCAGUAUUUUAAAACUGACUAAUCUCUGAUCAGACGUCGUUGGACAGAUUUAGAACAAGUCCGGCUAGUUCAAAGUCUGCAACGUUUUUUUAUGUUUGUUUUUUUUUUUUUGUAUGUAUUCGUUUUUUGUAACUAUUGUAUAACACGAUUAUCUACAGUACUGUAAAUAAACAAUGACGAAGUAGAAAUUUGAAUUAGAUUAUAGCUGUAAUACAGUAGUGCGAUAGAUUAGAAAUCGUAAAAUAAAGUUUGACAAAUCUA